GUAGCCGAAUCAAAUACGCCCAAGCACUUGUUUGAUCAUGAUCACACGGGUUGAGAACCAUGACGAACAUCAAUAAAAUUUAUUCGGUAUUCAUGUUAAAAUGACAUGUUUGUGUACCUUUGACGAAUGAUAGAGAGACAGAGAAGAGAUAGAAAAAGAGGUCAAACUGAGCAAGUGGUGGAGUUGAGGUCAGAGGUCAAAAUGACGGAGGAGAGUUCAGUAAAACGGCCAUAUGGCCUGAUAGCAGGUGUGAUACUAAUGUACUGGUCAGUGUCUAUUUCAAUGGUAUUCCUUAACAAAACCAUUCUGAGUGGAGCAUUCGGUGAAGAGGAAUUGACGAUCUUCUCCGCCUGGUUUCAGAGCAUGGUCGCAGUUGGAUUCAUUCUGUGCAUUAGAUUUGGCUUUGCUAAGUGUGGAGUGCAAGCCAAAGUGCCGAAAGUGGAUCCGAAUCAGUUAUAUUCUAGGACAAUGCUGAUGUUGUCAAUGAGUUCAGUAUGUGGAUUAACAUUCAAUAAUUUAAUGUUGAAGCAUAUUGGAGUUGCAUUUUACCAGGUAGCUAGAUCGUUCACUAUUAUCUUUACUAUAGGAUUAUCUGCACUAGUUCUUGGACGUGGGUUGACAUUAAGAGCUGUGAUAUCUUGUUUUCUCGUGGUAUGCGGGUUCUUCAUAGGAAUUGACCAGGAGGACGUUUCGGGCACGUUGAGUGUUUUUGGCGUCAUUUAUGGAAUAUUGGCAAGUUUGUCGGCUGCUGUUUCGGGAAUUCUUUUCAAGAAAGCGGAGACAUUGCUGGAUGGCGAUUCACUCAAAUUAGCAUAUUACAAUAACCUUAAUUGUAUGGUCAUAUUUCUGCCUUUGUGUCUAGGCUCGGGGCAAUUUUAUUCAGUGCUUAAUUCAGAUUUAAUCUAUCAGCCAAAGUUCUGGUUUAUAUUAAUAGUAACUGGUUGCCUGAGUUUGGCAAUAGGAUGGGUUAGUGCACUACAGAUCAAAUAUACGUCACCAAUAGCCCAUCAUCUAAGUAUAAACGCUAAGUCAGUGAUGCAAACUGUUCUGGCAGUACUGUUUUACCAUGAAUCAAAGACUUUGUAUUGGUGGUUAGGAAAUUUUUUCGUAGUAGCUGGUGUAUUAAUGUAUACAUUAACAAAAAUCUUUCAAGAUGCUAGAAAACUACAGGGAAUGCUGGGAAGUAUGGAAUUACCCGUGAAAACUCCUAAACCAGAUAGUAAUGGUCAUAUAAAAUGAUGCAAAUCGUUUGAUACUAUAUUUUAAGAUUUAUUCUAGUGUUAAGCCUACAUGUAACCAGUGUGCAAGUAUACGGUAAAGAUUUGUUUAUGGUACCAUACUAAGUGGAAUAAUGAUUCAUCAUGUUAUUUUACUCUUACAGCAAGAACUAAUACUCACACAGAUGCAAAUGUUAUUGUAUUUUUUUAAAAUUUUAUUAUAGAUUCUUCGUAUAGUAAAUCUUUAAUUAUUUCAAGGUUUUUAGCUUUAAUGUUCUUUUACUAUUGAGAAGUUUUCU